AUGGGAUCUGGUGAGGAACUUCUCGAUUUCAGUGGAAAUGGCGAUCCAAAUACUCUCUCAAUCGACGAACCCGAGCUUAUGUUGCUCAACGAAACAACCACAACAACCACAACAACAACAACACCAUCACCAAUUCUUGGCUACACUCCAAAUCCAUUUCGAAUCGCUGUUCUUUCAAUCAAAUGUCUUUUGAUUAUUCUAAUCUUCACACUUUCUUGCACAAUUCGUCGUGAUUAUUUCAAAUUCUUUGUUGUUUUUCUCGUUGUUCCAUUGUUUAUUGAGGCUGGUUUCGAUGUUUUCACCGAAAUUCAUGCAGCAACAUUUGGAACAAAAGCACAGAAAUUUGAAUAUUUGAAUUUGUCGCCAGAUUUUGAGCUUGAAAAUGUGAAUUUCACAGUGACUGAUUGGCAAAAAGAUGCGAUCAAGGAUUAUGCACAAGUUUUGCAACAUUAUACUACUUAUACACUUUACACGUGAGUGGUUUUCAAAAACUAUAAAACCAUCUGUCUCAAAAAUUUCAUAUUCACAAAAUCUUUUUCAAAUAAACUUCCUUUAGAAUUUUUCGUGAAGAAUUCUCGAAAAUACAAUUAUAUAAACAUGAAUACAGAAGAUUAUCAAAAAUAAUUGAAACGUACAUUUUUAAAAUAAAAUUAUUGGAAAGGAAUUAAAAAUCAUGAAUUAUGAAUUUUUAUAAUUCAAUUAUUUUUCAAUCUUAUUCUAGUUCUAAAAGUUGUUUUUAAUAAAAAUCUCUAUUUUUUCAGAUCUGAUGCUAUUUUCCCACUCGUCUCCUAUAUCUUCAGUGAUUUCUUUUUCUGGUCCUUGUUGUUCUCAACAACUACCGUAUUCUUCUAUGCUCACAAAGCCGUCGUUCGUCCCGAGCAAAUUAUCUAUGAACCAAUUGGGAAGAGUUUUAUCAAAAUUCAAAUUUUGCCAAUUUUGUUCACCGCCAUCAAUACACUUCUUGCCUAUUUUAGUGUUCCAGAAUGGAUUUAUUUGGCAGUUUUGACUAUUGUCAGACUUACAGCUUUGGCUUUAGUUGGAGUUGCAGCAACUCAAAUUUUUGCGGUGAGUAAAAAAAAUUAAUAGAGGAAUUUUAUUAUUUUUAAAUUCAAAUUGUUUUCAGAGUUUAUUCCUUUUCUGUCGAACCAAAGACGAAUUGACCAAAACAUCUCCAUAUGAGCAAGUUCGAAACUCAAAACUCAGAUUGUUUUUGUUGGUUUUGUUCACAAUUGGAAUGAAUGUUCUCAAUGCUCCAUAUAUCAGUAAGUUUCUAGAGUUUUGAGGAAAACUACAAAAAUGAAAAAUAAAUAAACUUUCACACUAUCCCAAAUAUAGAGUAAAUGCGCUCUAUUGAUAAACACGCUAUUCUGAUUCCUUUUCAAAAUAUGUUAUGGGAAACAUAUUUUUUCUAAAUUUUUUGUUGCGAAAGUUUGUUUCUUUUUGCAAUUAAAUGACUCAUUUUUCUAAAAAAAAAAACCAAUGAUCCCAAUAAAUUUGUCAAUUUGUUCCAAAUCAUGACUCAUAUUAUUUCAGUUUGGUCCGCUCUUUCGCUCACACAAGAUAUCAAUGAAUUGCUCAGUUUUGAAUGGUAUCUUCCACUUCAUUUUGUUCAUGAAAUGUUCACACUUCAUCUAACUUUCUACCUUAUCCGCCCUUAUGUUUUUCUGAUUUUCACUUUGAUCUUCCUUAAUCCAUACCGUCGUCGAUUCUUCAGAUUUUUCUGUGCAUGUUGCAAAAGAAACUAG